UUCUAAUGAGAACUGUCAAACUAAGAUCACACGCGCUGGUAAAAAAAACAGAUUCUUUCUGAUGUUGUGAAAAAGGCAAAUUAUUUCCCCGUUGCAUUUCUCAGUUUUCUGUGAAGAAAGGUCCCAUUUUCCGACGAAAACCGCUUGCUGCUAGCAUCAGCGAUGGGGAAUACCGUAUCAGCAGCUGAGUUUGUGGCUUCCAAUAUUGUGCACACUGAAGCUGCAUCUAUACCUAAAGGCCACCCUCCGAUCGAUACUAAAACUGAUAAAAAUGUAAACCCUCCACCAGAAUGUCCCAUGCACCAAAAGCAACCAACGCCGAAAGAGCAGCCAGUGCUAGUUUCCGAAUGUCCGGUUAAACACGACGAUUCGGAUAUCAAUCCGCUCAAUAUGAUGCCUCCAAUGAACCAAAAUCCUGCCCCGGAUCAACCUUUUGCUCUGCCCAAAGAUCGUCAGGUAUCAACGAUACCAAAAGUGACCGAGGAUGGUCGCCAAGAGUUUUGGGUUUACCCUAGCCAGCAAAUGUUUUGGAAUGCUAUGCUUCGUAAGGGCUGGCGCUGGCAGAAGGAUGACAUCCAACCCAAAGAUAUGGACGAUAUCAUUCGAAUUCACAACGCCAAUAACGAGCAAGCCUGGCAGGAGGUACUCAAAUGGGAAGCGCUGCAUGCUCGGGAAUGUGGCAGUCCAAAGUUGAAAAGUUUCGGUGGCAAAGCGACACAAUACAGUCCCCGAGCCCGCAUCCGCAGCUGGCUGGGCUAUGAGUUACCUUUCGACAGACAUGACUGGAUCAUCGAUCGCUGCGGAAAAGAUGUUCGGUAUAUUAUCGAUUAUUACGACGGCGGGAUGGUUGACGAUAAAUACAGGUUUGCUUUGCUCGAUGUGAGACCUGCUAUGGAUUCGGCUGAGAAUAUAUGGGAUCGGAUGAAGGUUUUCUACAUGCGUUGGAGAAUAGAACUCGAAGAAAAGAUUAAGCAACAGAACUGACCUGUUACAAAACACCUUAAAAUAGCCCGGUUGUAUUUCGAUACCAAUUAGGAUGGUAUCGCGGUUGCAAACUGUUAUUAAUGAUGCCAUUCUUUCAUGAUAUAACUACACAAAUGCCAUUCUGAAUAUUGAUAUGAAACUUACUACUGCGAACUCA